CCAUAUUACAAUUUAACCAAAAGGAAUGGUACACAAAUGAGUAAUAUAAACAAAUUCUAUUCGCACAGCCCGUAAGACAAAAAGAGACAGAAAACAAGACGAGCAUUUAACAAAUGGAUGCAUUGCUUUUGUGUUAUUUUGGGAGAUUGCGAAACUGUCAAAGUCAAAUGUAAUGAAUGACUCCAUCCGUAUAUAUUUUGACUAAUUUUUGUUUGAGAUUACCUUUUUUUUCGAUUAUUUAAUAUUUUUCUGAUAACAUUCGUAUGAAAAUAUAUGAAGCAGUGAAGUUUUGUUUGUGUUAUCCCAGUUUAAGUGUACAAAAACAUGGAAGAUAUAUUUCAGUGGUGCAGGGAAGGAAAUGCUUUGCAGGUGCGAGUCUGGCUGGAUGAUACUGAACAUGAUAUGAAUCAGGGGUAA